AUGAGCCUUAAAGAAUUAAAGUGCCUUCCGGGAGUUGUGUUUCGUGCUCAAAUCCACAUGAUAUCGCCCCUUUCAGCUAAUCCAGUAAUAGAGAAUACCUUUCUGCCCAACAAUUGUCCGAUGAGAUACCUUGGGGACAAUCUAAAAAUUGAGAUUCCUGCACAACAUUUUCAAGAAUGUGGAGUAUUCCAAUGUGGAGAUAACUUGUGUCUUAGGCUGAGAUUUCCUCACAUUGAGAGUCUCAGAACAUCGUCUGAUGGGCUUCUAACGCUCAAGUGUCGGGCCCAAGAGAGGUUUGCAGUUCAGAAACAUGCCCUGAGACUCUCAGUUGGAGAAAAUUUGUCGCAAAGUAGAACAAUGUCGUCGGUUAUUGAAGGAGGAAGUCAGUUGCCCUUUAGGAGUCAAAUUGGACUUUUUAGGCGCAAUAGGGAUGAUGGAAGCUUUACAGAACCCCUAGCUGAGGGAGGAGAAGUUCUUCUGGGUGAGGAUUUAAUGCUGAAGGCUCAAGUCAAAGCUGAAGAUGGAUGGAAUUUCACGGGAAUGUCAGAUAUUUCUUUGGUAAGAGCCUCACCCUCAGGAGAUCUUCUGAACUCUGCUGUAUUUGUAACCCAAGACGGAUGCGUGAACCGCGCUAUGAGGGCCAUUUGUCCUGAGAAUCCUUCAUUUGAUCCUCCAUUUGGUCAAAAAUUUCCUUUCAAAGCUGCCACCUUCCCCGGUAUGCUUCCUGGAGAGGAACUAGUGCUCAAUGUUAGGCUAUUUGGUUGCCUGAAUCAAAGGGAUUGUUUUCCAAACUUUGGAAAUUGUCGAGCACAAAGGGCAAAAAGAAGCUUGAAAGAGUCACAAUCGAAAGUUUCUAGGAUCUCUUUCAGAGUAGUCCUUCCAGAGAUUUCUGAGAGUCCCAACAAGGUCACAGGAGGAUCCCUUAUCCCAAUUUUCAGUAUCAGUGGAUUGGCUCUUGUCUGCUUUGGAUGUUCAAUAAUUAUUUGUAUUUUGUGGCGAAAGAAGUUUUAUCAGCAAAUACAUUGAUUUUCCUAUUA